CGGGCGCUCACUCCAACAUCCGCUCAACAGCUUCGACAUGAACGUGUCGCGUCCAUUGACGCCUCCCACACAGCAUGUAUAUCCUCAAGCCUUCAUGGCUACGCCAUAGUGGGGAGCAAAAGGACUUUGAAGUCUACAGCUGCCACAUCUCCCCCGAUGGCUCAAGGCUAGCUACCGCUGGUGGAGAUGGCCACGUCCGAAUCUGGUCGACCGAGGCCAUCCUCAACGCCGAUAAACCUGACUCCGGCAGACCACGACAGCUCUGUCACAUGAGCCACCAUUUAGGCACUAUCCACUCUGUCCGCUUCUCUCCGAACGGCCGUUACCUUGCGUCCGGCGCCGACGAUAGAGUGAUUUGCAUCUACCAGCUCGACAGCAACCCGCCUUCGCACGCCGCGACCUUCGGCACAAACGAGCCCCCGCCGGUCGAGAAUUGGAAGACCCAUAAGCGCCUCGUCGGUCAUGACAGCGAUGUCCAGGAUCUCGCCUGGUCAUACGAUAACUCCAUCCUCGUCUCUGUGGGCCUGGAUUCGAAGGUGGUGGUGUGGUCGGGACACACGUUUGAGAAGCUGAAGACGAUCGCUGUACACCAGAGCCACGUGAAGGGAAUCACGUUCGACCCGGCAAACAAGUUCUUCGCGACCGCGGGCGACGACCGACACAUCAAGAUCUUCCGCUUCACCCCGCCACCACCAAACGCGACUCAGCAUGACAUGGUUAACAACUUUGUCCUCGAGACGACGAUCAGCGCACCAUUCAAGAGCUCCCCGCUCACGACCUACUUCCGUAGGUGCAGCUGGUCACCAGACGGCAACCACAUCGCGGCCGCCAACGCGGUCAACGGGCCCGUGAGCAGCGUCGCCAUCAUCGAGCGCACGAGGUGGGACAGCGAGAUCAACCUGAUCGGCCACGAGGCCCCCACCGAAGUCUGCAUGUUCUCUCCCCGCCUGUUUCACACCCAGAAACCCGGCGAGAACGGAUCGGACAAGGGCAAUUCCAGCUUGGUAACUGUCAUCGCGUCCGCAGGGCAGGAUAAGACGCUGAGCAUCUGGAACACCAACACGUCGAGACCGGUCGUCAUCUUGCAGGACGUGGCGUCCAAGUCCAUUUCCGACCUCGCUUGGACCCCUGAUGGCCAGACCCUGUUCGCCUCGAGUCUGGACGGCACCAUCCUCGCCGUCAAGUUCGAGACGGGUGAGCUCGGCUGGGUGGCAACCUCGGAGGAGAACGACAAGGCGCUGCAGAAGUACGGUGGAUCGAGGAAGGGCAUGGGGACUGCCGAGGAUGUGGAUGGGCUACACCUCGAGAACCACAGCAAAGAAGGGGAGCUGCGCGGGGCCGAGUCUAGGAUGGGCGCUCUGAUGGGAGACUUCCAGACCGAGGAUGACAAAGGCAGACCGGUUUCGACCAACGGCACCAAGUCGUCAGCCAAGAACGGCGAGACAAACGGCGCCCCGGAGCAAAAACAGAAGGAAGAAGGAGGCCCCAAGGCGGCACCGGGGGAGGAGAGCGCAGAGAAAACGGCCGAACGGAUAGCGGAGCUGAAGUCCAGAGUACAGGUCACCAAGGACGGCAAGAAGAGGGUCGCUCCGUUACUGGUCUCCUCAUCCGCUACCGGUCUCUUAUCUCUGCCCCAGUCGCAGCUGGUCGGCGCCAAAUCGACCAAACCAGCACAAAGCGAUACACCACAAGCAAUUCUUGACCUUUCCAAACCGUUUCACGGCUUGCCCAAAGGCGGCAUCGCCGCGCUGCUCUUGGGAAACAAGCGGAAGGCCGUCGCACUGGAGGGAGAGGAAGAGGACGAGCCAGCGGCCAAGCGGCCAUCGAACGGCCCCGUACCGGUCCUGGUCGACACUCCCGAGGGGUUGGAGCCCCCUCCGCCGACUACCCCGGCCCAGGGUGUGGUGCCGACACCGGAAUUCCUCCGGCCGGCCGUCAUCAACCCCGCUAUUUCGGUUUCCCAGGUCAGGCUGGCCGUGCCCAAGGUGCGCUCGCACAUCGUCCGGCCGCUCCAGCGGGGCGUCCUUCAGGGCGAGUCCACCCUCGACGAGGCGUCCAGGGUCCCCGAGAACGUCAUCCUCGAGGCCAGGAACCCCGUCAAGCCCCGCGAGCCGUCUCACAUCACCGCCUCCAAACGCGGAGCACGGCUGUGGCAGGAUUUCCUUCCGCGAGCCAUCCUCCUCGUGACCGGAAGCAAACACUUCUGGGCGGCCGCCUGCGAGGACGGCUCCCUGCAUACCUGGACCCCUGCCGGCCGCAGGCUCCUCAACGGCAUCAUCCUCGAGUCCCAGCCCGUCAUUCUCGAGUCGCGAGAACACUGGCUCCUCUGCAUCACCUCGGUCGGCCUCUGCCACGUCCUCAACAUGAAGACCAUGUCCGCCCCGCACCCGCCCGUGUCGCUCGCCCCCAUCCUCGACAUCGCCGUCACCUCUCUCUCCCCGGACGGCGCCACCCCGGCGCCCGGUGUCACCUCGGCGCACCUCAACAGCACGGGCGCCAUCGUCGUUACCCUGAGCAACGGCGACGGCUUCUACUACUCCUCCACCUUGUACGCCUGGCAGCGGCUGUCCGAGUCGUGGUGGGCGCUGGGCAGCCAGUACUGGAACAGCAACGACUCGUCCAUCAGCGCGCUGUCGUCGACCGCCGUCGGGCCGGUCCCCACGACGACGACGACGACGACGACGAUGACCACCACCACCACUACUACUACCACCAACAGCACGACGGGGGCGCCCUCCGACAAGGGCGCGGCGGCCGACGAGGUCAACGUCUCGGCCGGCAUUAUCCCGUUCCUCGAGCGCCACACGACGACCGAGUUCCUGCUCAAGGGCCGCGCCUUCACCCUGCAGCGGCUCAUCAAGACGCUGCUGUCCAAGGACGGCUUCGAGGGCUUCGAGAGCACCGUCAGCGUCGCGCACCUCGAGAACCGCAUCGCGGGCGCCCUGGCGCUCGGCGCCCGCGAGGAGUUCCGCCUGUACCUGUUCAUGUACGCCAAGCGCAUCGGCGCCGAGGGCUUGCGAGGCAAGGUGGAGGAGCUGCUGAACUCCCUCGUCGGCGGGGUGUUGCAGGAGAAGGGGAGCGGCGGCGGCGGCGGCGGAGGGGAGGGGAAGGGGUGGUUCAGCCGGGAGGAGAAGCUGUGCGGGUGGGACAGGAGAGAGCUGCUGAAGGGGGUGGUUCUCAUCCUUGGCAAAUUCCGCGACCUCCAGCGCUUGACGGUGCAGUACGCCCGCAUCCUGGGAUUGACCGCCGGCUGGGAAGAAGAAGGUGGCGAAGGCGGCGAAGGCGGCGAGAACGAAGCCUCGGAGAGAAUGCAAGUGGAACAGUGACGCUGCCCUCCCGAAUUGAGACGGCCCAUUAUUCUUGUGGUCGGGCCCGGUCCCGGUCCCGGGGCCCCUUGGCCGACGGUGGGAGGGAGAUGAUUAACCCCCCACACGUGAGAGUCCUUUUCCACCGAAGUCCAAGACGGAGGUGCC